UUGACUUGUAGAAGCAGUGCGGAACUUACGAAAAAGGUUGUUUACCUGGGAAGGGUUUGCUGCGAACACCGCCUCAUACAGGCUGAUGCAAGUUGAAUGAGUGAUCUGUCAGCUGUGUGGAAAACAGACGUGUGAAGAAAAUGCCAGACUGUCCAGGAGAAGAAGCCAGGACUCCAAUGGAGCUGUACGAGAAGCUGAAUUCACAAGGAGAUACAGUCAGGUCCUUGAAAGCAGCUAAAGCAGAGAAAGCUGAAAUUGACUCUGCUAUCCAGCUACUCCUAAAGUUGAAAGUGGACUACAAACAGAUGACGGGUCAGGAAUAUAAAGCUGGAUGUCCGCCUUCAGAAAACUCUGUUAUCCCAGACAACGAGACAGCAGCAGAUGGCGUUAUUGAUGAGGACAAUGUUGACCCCUGGAAUGUUUCGACCACCAAUGCCAAAGGAGUAGAUUACGACAAGCUUAUAGUGAGGUUUGGCAGCAGUAAAAUUGACAAGGAGCUGGUGGACAGAAUAGAAAAAGUCUCAGGACAGAAAGCUCAUCGCUUUCUACGAAGAGGAAUCUUCUUCUCACACAGAGAUAUGCAUCAAGUACUGGAUGCAUUUGAGAAGCAGAAGUCCUUCUACCUUUACACUGGCAGAGGUCCAUCCUCACAAGCCAUGCACGUUGGACACCUCAUCCCCUUUAUCUUCACCAAAUGGCUUCAAGAUGUGUUUGAUAUCCCCCUGGUGAUCCAGUUGACUGAUGAUGAGAAGUAUCUCUGGAAGGAUCUGACGCUAGAGGAUUGCCACCGCUUUGCUGUUGAAAAUGCCAAGGACAUCAUCGCCUGUGGUUUUGAUGUCAACAAGACCUUCAUCUUCUCUGACCUCGACUACAUGGGUGCAUCACCUGAAUUCUACAGAAAUGUGGUGAAAAUCCAGAAGCAUGUGACGUUCAAUCAGGUUAAGGGGAUCUUUGGUUUUACAGACAGUGACUGCAUCGGAAAGAUCAGCUUCCCAGCCAUCCAGGCAGCCCCAUCCUUCAGUAGCUCUUUCUCACAAAUAUUUGGAGGCAGAAAAGAUGUGCAGUGUCUCAUCCCUUGUGCCAUAGACCAGGACCCCUACUUUAGGAUGACGCGUGACGUGGCCCCAAGGAUCGGCUAUCCCAAACCAGCUCUGCUGCACUCCACCUUCUUCCCCGCCCUGCAGGGGGCGCAGACCAAAAUGAGCGCUAGUGACGCCAACUCCUCGAUUUUCCUCACCGACACGCCCAAACAGAUCAAGAGCAAGGUCAACAAACAUGCCUUUUCUGGAGGAAAAGACACGAUAGAAGAACACAGGAAGCACGGCGGGAACGCAGACGUAGACGUCUCAUUCAUGUAUUUGACCUUCUUCCUGGAGGAUGACGAACAACUGGAAAAAAUCAAGCAGGACUACACAAGUGGAGCCCUCCUAACAGGAGAACUUAAGAAGACUUUAAUAGAAACUCUGCAGCCGAUUAUUUCCCAGCAUCAGGAGAGACGCAAACAAGUCACAGACGAGAUGGUGCAGCAGUUUAUGACACCCAGGCCUUUAAAUUUUAAACUGUAGCCCACUUGAACUUCAGAGAUCCAGGUUCAUCAUGUUGCGCGCUUUCCAUUUAAUCAUUGUGAACUGUAAUGGGAGGAAUAAGUUGAGCAAUGACGUGCUUCUCCGCGUCAGACAAAGCAUGGCCUUGCCUACACACUCGUACUAAUUGUCAUGCUACUUUCUGACUUCACCCAUUAAAUGUAAUCAUUUAUCUUUCUGAAAUGUCCAUAGUCGCAGGUCUUUCAGGAGUGGGAGGGGAAUAAAAUGAUGAGCAAACA